AUGCAGCGUGUGUUACAAGCAUACUCAGAUCCUGGUAAGAAACAGAAGGUCGCUAACGACCACCUGCAGAAGAGCUACAUCCCACCACAUGAAAAGUUGGACCGUUCGCGCCAUAGUAUCCGACGUAAGGAUCUGGUUUGGGACAAUUCUUGUCAUGUGAACUUAGCUACAAAUAUGGCAAAUCAUCUACUGUCUUACAAUGUACCUUAUAUAUCCGAUGGUAUUAGUCCUGCAUAUUCGCGGUGUUCGUCGCUUUUCUCAUCGAAAUCGGACUCUCGGUCCCCUGAACAUACGGACCUCGAAUGCGAAUCGUCGGACUUGUCGUUUAGUGCAAGCGAUGAGCUAAAGGCUGUCCUGAAGGCAGAUUUGUCGGUUGAGCGCUCGCUAGGCUAUGCAUGCUCGGAUCCUAUUGAAAUUCCUAAGUUGUUGGAUAACUGCCAGGGACGGCAGCCAAACUUACCUGUAUGGUCUGCUAAGGAAGCGCUCAAGCACAAAGCAGAAAUUGCUGCCCUCAAAAUGCGAAUGCAGAGGUCCCAGAUUCGGAAGUCCCAGCAAUUUGAGCGCGAACGUGUGCAAUUACUCGAGCGUCAACGAGCCGUUUUACAAGAAUGGAAUAAGAUAAUAUCGCUCAAGCGCACCCUGUGGCUUAUUGAAAUACGCAAGCGCCAGGUGCAAUGGGAUGGUAUCCCUUGGUCGCUGAAGAAUGAUGUCUACGACAUGUGCUUGUGGAAACCUUCCAGCUUGCCAUCACAGAACCACUUCAGUGAUGCCGUAUUGCGUCUCAGCAAUUCUAUGAAACGGUUGUUUUAUGACAGAACAUCUGAAAUAGUGGGAAAUUUUGUGCGUGAGUCCAAGUGGUGGCGCCAGCGCACAUUGGAUCCGGCUUGCCUCCAGCAAUUAUUUAAUUCUCAUGCCUCGCUCUUUUACCAUUUACGCGAGAGCUUGCAACUUGAUGUUUGGCAAGACUUCCUUUUUGAGCUUCCCUUUAACGCCGUUUCGAACAGUCUUAACCCUACAGCCAUUAAAUUCGAGGUUCAUGAGGAUUGCUUUAUGCAGCUAUUUGAUGGGCUUAUUAUAUCAGCAUACUAUCACGAGCUGGACAAUUCUUGGCUGAAGAUUACUCAAUUUAUACUGCAAGAGCAAAGCUACAAGUUCUUUGGUGACGUAGACGACGUUCGCGAGCAACUGGCAGAUGCCCAACUAGACGUAUAUGGUCUACUAAGAUGGCUGAAAAGGGUCUAG